AUGGACUUUGACCUGCUGUUGAGCUCCAGCCCCGAGGCGCAGCUCGCGCUGAUGAACACCAUGCUCCAGCUCGAGCAGGCGCUCAACGACCAGUCGCUGAUGAUGGCGGAGGCGUCGCCGCCGAUAUCGCCCGUGCAGACCCCUUCGCACAGCCUCUCGCCUCCGCCGCACGUGUCCACGGCCUGCGCGGCCGCCGACGCCGGCUAUUUUUACCAUCAGGACCUGCAUGCCCAGGCCGCCCCGGCGGGCUACGCCGGCACCGGCGGCGUGCACCAGGAAUACGUGGUGUCCCCGGGCGCCGCCGUCUUCGACGGCGCCGACGGCGCGCCGCAGGGUUACUCGUCCCCGUCCUCGUCGGACGCGAUGCGGGAGAUGAUCUUCCACAUCGCGGCGCUGCAGCCGGUGGAGGUCGACCCGGAGGCGGUGCGCCCGCCGAAGCGCCGCAACGUGCGGACCUCCAAGGACCCGCAGAGCGUGGCGGCGAGGCUGCGGCGGGAGCGCAUCAGCGAGCGCAUCCGCGUCCUGCAGCGCCUCGUCCCCGGCGGCACCAAGAUGGACACCGCCUCCAUGCUCGACGAGGCCAUCCACUACGUCAAGUUCCUCAAGUCCCAGGUGCAGUCGCUCGAGCUCGCCGCCGCCGCCACCGGCGCGGCCGCCCACCGCGCCGCUGCCUUCGCCUACCCCGCCAUGCAGCACGCGCCGUGGUAG